AUGGAGAUUCAGGGAAAGGGAUUUGCACCUCGACCUGGAUGGAGAGAGAAAGAAGCGAGCGUUUCUGUGCUAGCAUGGCCUCCACUUCUUGGGCCAUCGAAGAUUCAACAAGUUUCUUGCGACACCGGCGGGGAGAAGCUUCUGAGAGCAAAAGGAGAAGAGUCUAGAGGAGGAGGAAUCAGCAGCAGCAGCUGCAUGAGCUUGGCAAACGGAACAGAUCGGCAAGCCUUGUUGGCCUUCAAAUCCCAUAUAACCAAUGAUCCCUUUCAUGUUGUGAGCUCUUGGAAUGACUCUGUCUCUUAUUGCGAGUGGCCAGGCGUUAUAUGUGGCGGUCGCCGGCAUCCAAACAGGGUCAGAGCCUUGCGUUUAUCGUCCAAUGGGUUGGUGGGUUCCGUGGCUCCAGAAAUAGGAAAUCUCAGUUUCCUUCGAGAGAUUUCGCUCUUCAACAACAGCUUCCAUGGAGAUAUCCCCAGUGAAGUAAGCUUUCUGUUCAGGCUUCGUUAUUUAUUCCUACACAACAAUUCUUUUGAAGGGGAAUUCCCACCCAAUAUAUCACGAUGCUCCAACCUUAUAGGACUCCGUUUAAAUUAUAACAAUAUUGUGGGGAAAAUUCCAGUAGAACUUGGCACAUUGUCGAAACUUCAAUUCCUUUCAUUCCAUUACAACAAAUUGAUAGGACAGAUCCCACCUUCCAUUGGGAAUCUUUCAUUUCUUGACACAUUUUCUGCUGCAGCCAAUCAUCUAAGUGGAAGUAUUCCAGAUUCCCUUGGCCAAAUGACAAGAUUAACGUUUCUCUCGUUUCCUGGAAAUAGGUUGUCUGGUACUAUCCCUCCCACUAUCUAUAAUCUUUCCUUACUCGGUGAUUUUGAUGUCGCAGAUAAUCAACUUCAAGGGAGUCUUCCACCAAACUUAGGCUUCAAUCUUCCUAAUCUAAAGUGGUUUUCAGUUUCAGGAAACCAGUUUCAUGGACCAAUUCCAGUUUCUGUGUCUAAUUUGUCAAUUCUGGAAACGCUAUUACUUAGCUCAAACAAUUUUACUGGGAAAGUUACUGUUGAUUUUGGAGGCCUACCAAAACUUGCUCGGCUUACAUUGUUCUUCAAUCAUUUGGGAAGUGGAGAGGCUGAUGACCUGAAUUUUGUCAACACAUUGACCAACUGUAGCAGUUUGACAAUUUUAGGGUUUACUGAAAAUCGGUUUGGUGGUGUGCUUCCCAACUCCAUAGCAAACUUAUCGACCCAACUGGUAAUUCUAGACUUGUCACACAAUCAAAUAUCUGGAGACAUCCCAGUGGGGAUCGAGAACCUUGUAAGCUUACAAUACUUGGGUCUAAAUAGUAACUUACUAGCAGGAAGUAUUCCGACUUCAAUUGGAAAGCUUCAAAUGCUAAAUGCACUCUAUUUAUCCGGAAACAGAUUUAUGGGGCCAAUCCCUUCUUCUCUUGGAAACUUGACACUCUUGAUUGGGCUCUAUUUAGAUGAUAAUCACUUGCAAGGAAAAAUACCUUCAAGUAUAGGAAAAUGCAAAUAUUUGUUAAGAUUGGGCCUUUCCCACAACAGUUUCAAUGGUAUCAUCCCCAAAGAGAUAUUCGAUCUUUUCACAUUAAUAGAGCUACACUUGAGUAGAAAUUCUUUCUUUGGUACUCUACCUUCGGAAGUGGGUCGACUGACUAGUCUUCAACACCUUGAUAUUUCUGAGAACAUGUUGUCUGGUGAAAUCCCUAGCACCCUUGGUGAUUGUACAAGCCUAGAAUACCUUUUUAUGCAGGUUAACCUAUUUCAAGGAUCGAUAUCAUUGGUUCUUAGUUCUCUAAGAGGUCUGCAAGAUCUCGAUCUUUCAAACAAUAACUUCUCUGGUGUCAUCCCGAAAUAUUUGGGUACAUUUAAGUUUUUACAAAGACUAAAUUUAUCAUUUAAUCAUUUGGAGGGUGAGGUAUCAGUAGAUGGAAUCUUUGCAAAUUUGAGUGCAUUUUCAAUCAUUGGAAACAAUAAGCUUUGUGGAGGUAUACCAGAACUUCAUUUGCUAGCAUGCCAAAUUCAAAAGUCAAAGGAACACGCCAGGCGUCGUGUUUUCAAGCUGAUAGUCAUCGUCUGUGGUUGUGGGGGCUCUCUAUGUUUGAUUUUUAUGAUAUUUUUGUUCAUUAUAUACCGGAGAAAAAAAGAAAGGAAAGAAUCCACUUUAUUUUUGAUAGGGGAUCGUCAUUUUAAGAUCUCUUAUGCCCAACUCCUUAAAGCUACCGAUGGAUUUUCUUCUGCAAAUUUGAUUGGAGUGGGGAGUUUUGGUUCUGUGUAUAAAGGAGAUCUUAAUCAUGGGGAAACUAUUGUUGCAGUAAAGGUCCUCAACAUUAGACAAAGAGGGGCUUCCAAGAGUUUCAUGGCUGAAUGUGAAUCCCUAAGAAACAUCCGGCAUCGUAAUCUUGUAAGAAUUUUGUCAUCUUGCUCAAGUAUAGAUUACAAAGGCAAUGAUUUUAAGGCUUUAGUAUAUGAGUUCAUGCCUGGUGGGAAUUUGGAGAGGUGGUUACAUCAACAUGCAGAUGGUAUACAAGAUGAACAAAAGCAUUUAAACCUUGUUCAAAGAUUGAAUAUUUCCAUUGAUAUAGCAACUGUAUUGGAUUAUCUUCACCACCAUUGUCAUGCACAAAUUAUUCACUGUGACCUAAAGCCAAGCAAUAUUCUUCUCGAUGGUGAUUUGACUGCACAUUUGGGUGAUUUCGGGAUAUCAAAAAUUCUUUUGGAAGCCACAAAUAGGUCUCAAAAUCCCACAAGCUCAAUUGGGAUAAAGGGGUCUAUUGGAUACAUUGCACCAGAGUAUGGUGCAGGUGCAGAUGUUUCAAGGCAUGGUGAUGUAUACAGUUAUGGGAUUCUCUUGUUAGAGAUGUUCACAAGGAAGCGGCCUACUCAUGAAAUGUUCAAAGAUAACUUUAAUCUUCACUGCUGGGCUGAGAUGGCUUUAUAUGAUGGAGUGAUACCUGUCGUUGACCCAUCACUUCUCUCCAUGGAAGAAGUUGAAGAAGAGGCAACAACAAUUGUUACCAACAUCACUGGAAGUCGAAGAUACAUAAAGGAUAGAGUGCAAGAAUGCCUUACUUCAGUUAUUAGAAUUGGAGUUGCCUGCUCAACUGAAUCACCUUGGGAUCGAAUGGACAUAAGUGAUGUGGUCAAAGAGCUACAUCUGAUCAAGGAUAUUUAUCUUGGAGUUGGCACUCACCAUGAAAAAUGAAUUAUAGUAAGGACUACGAACAG